UCUGGUCAGUGAGGAAAUCAACUCAGUUUGUAUGGAGGCUCAAACAGUUGGAAAAUUUUCUUUGAUGGAGUUGAACAUAAAACUGCUCAGGAGGAUUGGCUUAUGGAAUGAAACCGAGAGGGAACGAUUUCCUAUACGAGGUCAGCUCGUGAUUGUGUUUAACAUGUUUUGGUUGAUCCCAAGUGCUGCAUACUUCGUUACAUCACAAUACGAACUUACGCCCGUUCUCAAGGCUAUCAAUGAGCAAAUCAUAUUCACGACGGCUUUCAGCAAAUUUUGUCUUUUUGCAAGUAACUUCCGGCAUUGGCAGCAUAUAUUCUAUGAUCUGCAGCGUUGUUUGAAUUUAGUGGUACCCGAUCCUCACGAGGACGUGCAGAAGAUUCUAAAUCGUGUUGUAAAAUCUGAGCACAGGCUCAUCAAAUGGUACAGUCCUCUUGUGAUUUUUGAUACCAUGGUGUACGGAUUAGCUCCAUUUAUAUUUGUGCUGGCGAAAUAUGCCGUAACAGGAGCUUAUAAAACUCCGCUCCCUACUCCGAUUCAAGCAAAUUAUUUUAUUCCAGGCUAUGACACAAACGUAUGGGUAUGGAUCCCUCUGAACAUCUUUCUGGGCCUCAUGCUGGCUUUACAAUCAGUCGCUUUGGUUUUACUGGAGUGCUUUGUGUGGAAUUCAAUAUAUAGUACAAUUUCCUUGUUUAAAAUCCUGCAGAUUAAAGCUAAAAGUCUUGUAGCUCGGGAUGACCGGCAUCAGUGGAGCACUGAGUUGAGCAAGUUCGUCGAUCUUCAUGAGUGUGCCUUUCGGACAUCUUACUGCUUUUCCAGGUGUGCUUUUACACUGGAAAAGGCAUUGGGCACGCAGAUGUUAUUCCUCCAUAUAGCAAUCAUUUUUUCCAUGUGUCUCAUGAUGACCGUGAUUACCAUCGCAUUUAAAGAUACUUAUCUUAUGUUCAUAAUGCUGGCUGUUCUCGUAUACUCGCUAUUCCAAAUAUUCUGUUUCUCCAUUCUGGGAACGGAACUCACCCAGCAGAGUGCAGCAGUUAAGGACGCUAUUUUUCACAGUAAAUGGUACCUUCGUGAGAAGCGGCAACAGCGUGAUCUUGCAUUUGUCCUAGUGCACUCGCAACAACCGGUCAAGUUAACCGCAGCAAAGUUGUUUACGGUAACACGGCAAUCCUUCAUGCAAGUCAUCAAACAUGCAUACACCAUGUUCACCUUAAUGUCGCAGUUCGUCGUAGAGUCAACGGAAUGAAGUAGAAUUCGUGCUUGAUUCACAUCAUU